AUGAAGCGGAUACAAGCAAUAUUCAGCAUGGGCAUACUCUACACUGCUCUUUUGGCUAUGUGUCAGCAGCAAGUCGAGGCUUCCUUCAUUGGUGCCAACGGUGGUCCUGAAUCGGAAGUACUAAUGGCAAGUGCUGAUUCCACCAAUGUCAAACAAUACCAUGCUACCAAAGAAGACGUGAAGAGUUACACACGAUCUUUGGAUUCUCGCAAAAGCACAACAGUCGAAUGCGGUGCCAUUGUUGGAACCCUCAGGAUACAAGAAAUGAAAUCCAAGCUUCUAUCUUCAUCCCAUAUACCAUCCUCAGCGGCUGGAUUUUCCAUUUAUUUGGUGAACCAUGAUGUCCAAGCUAGAAAGAUUUGCGCUUCGUGCCGAGAUGCUGCUGAUGCCGCCGCCACUGGGAAUGUUGUAUGGCAAGAAUACUGCGGAGAGUCUGCAUAUGGUAACAAUGCAACGGUAUCUGGACUCAUGUUAGUUCCAAUCGAUGAAAACGGAGACCUAAUAGAAGGACCUUUGGCAGGACACAUUUCUGCCCACCAAUCGUUGACUGAAACUUUCUCACAGAUUCCAAGUGAAACUUUUGAUCAAUUUGAUAAACAUUGGUUGUCCAUCGUGGCGGCGUCUUCGGGAAAGAUUGCCAUUGAACCUGAUUAUUUGGGCUACGGGGAAUCGUCCAAUUUUUUCAAGAGUUUUCUGGUACGACCAGCCUAUGCAACUGCUACCAUACCGCUCUGGCAGUCAGCUGUGAAGAUGAUAGCGGAAGAAUCCAGCUGCUAUUCCUACUUGAAACCCGUCGUCUAUGUUGCUGGAUAUGGCGAAGGUGCUUUUGCUGCUCUUAGCAUUGCCGAUGCCCUAACGUCGACUUUCAAUGUACAAAUUGUCAAGGCCAGUCUCGGCGGAGGGCCUUACCGACUGGGAUCUCUUGCGCUCCCUCGAUUGGUGGACAGUAUCAACGAGAAGAAAAUGACCGCUGACCAUUACUACGUCCUGGCCCUCUUUGCAAGUGCAUUUUCGUCGACGAAUUCCUGGUUAGCAAAUGUGGGAUACAAUCAAGAUCUAUUGGAUGCAUCUUAUCGCGACCGGAUCGUUGGUUUGGUCCAAGAAGGAGGUUCUGCAGAUUCAUUUCUGGAAUCCUUGCCACCCAAAGUUACUGACAUUAUUGAUCCUAGAUAUUUUAGCUGGAUGAAGAGCAUGGCAGUUCAAGGCGAAUACAUGGGAUGCUUGGCGGGACCGCCUAUUCAACCUGACUUUAAUGGUCACUUUUGCUUGGCACUGUUGGAGAAUGAUUUGACCAGUGUACUACAUGACGCCGAAUACGAUAUCGACCUAUGUCACAGUCCCGAUGAUGAAGUAUUUCAUAUAGAUAACCUACCCCCUCAAUUGAAUGCCGACAUUACUACUCGGAACCCGAGAUUGACUCGACAAUUGGCAUCUGGAUCUCAUGAUUCUGCCUACCGAUUCUGUUCACAACUCGCCAUUACGGAAGGCUUGUUUACGAACCCUCGAUUAAGUCCCAUUGUUGAGUGUGGAGCCAAAGCGACCCCUCAGCCAACAUUGGGCCCAGCGACUACAGUUCCUACAGGCACUCCCAUUGUCGCAACUUUGACUCCAACUCCAAAGCCGACUACCAGGGUCGUUGGAAUAACAGAGCAAACUUCUUCUGCUAGAAGACUUGGCAUUGGUUGUGUCUGGAUGCUGCUGGUAUUAUCAAUGGGACUGACUCUUUGA